CUAGCAUUUUUGUAUUAGCUACAGAGGGGGAGAGACACAGACAGAAAGAAAGAAACCCAAAAGAAAAUGCUCUUGCCGGGGUUCUUUGGGGUCUCAAGAUCAUGUUUUUACCCAGGAUUUUGAAUCCUCUGAGGAGUUUUUCUUCUAGAGAACACUUCAGAAAGCAAAAAUCAUAAUAAGCCUGAUGGGGCAAGAUGAAGAACAGAGGCAUGUGUGCAGGCACUACAACGAGAAUUUUUCGAGUGGAAGAGUCUUGGGAGGUCACAUGAACAAGAAUUCAGCUAAAGGACAGAGAAAUGUGAUCAAUAGCAACAUGUGUUUUGAAGGCGGUGGGCGCAGUGGUUAUGGCCUAAGAGAAAACCCCAAGAAGUCACUGAGGGCUCUCACCUCCCAUAAGAGGAUCCACUCUCAGAGAUUUGACAUAUGCAAUGAAUCAUGGAUUAGUUCAAGCCUAGGGCUGGUGCGGAAAAAGAGAUCAAACAGAAUGAGGUACAAGAUUCGUCCAAAUUCUUCGUUUUCUAGUUUGGAUGAAUCUGUAUCUGUAUCCUUUACUGAAAUAGAGAAAGAAGUGAAAGACAUAGCUAUAUGCUUGAUGAUGCUGUCUAGGGGUGCAACCGAUUGGGGUGGAUUUAACUCGGUUACAGAGUCUUCUGAUAAUGAUUUUGUUUAUCCUAAUGUCCCAGUUAUUGUUGAUGUUGGAUUCUAAUCUACGGCUACCAUGACGUUUCUAGUGGCUUUCAUUGAUUGACAAAUUUAAUCAGUGAAAACACUUGAGCAAGAAUGCUAUCAAU